AUGCGCACCUACUCUUCACAAUCCGCUGCUAGCUUUGCCUCUCGUGUUUCCGCUUCUCGACUGCCUUCCACUGAGACCUUAGAGGAGGUCGAAUCUUCCUCGUCCAGUCCGCGGCAUCAACGCUUUCGUACAUCCACGGCAGUCAUGCCAACUUCCAAUCCUUCCGAAUCCCCUCAACACUCGCGCUUUGGAUCUCGUUCCGACGCCGGCUCCAUCUACAAUAGUAAUGCAGAUCAAAGCAUGUCGACAUCCAUGCUAUCUGUUGUCGACCCUGCAAACAUGGACGAAAUCGAAAACAGCGUUCGCCAGUCUAAGACCAUCGAGGACUUUACCAACAUCAUCAGCGAGUUCCGCAUGAACCGUCAUACCCUCUAUCCUGACUCGCUCGCCGACUCGCUCGCACAGGAACCCAACUCCAUGCCCGCCAGCGCCAGCCAUCACAGUCUGGAUCAACGCAGCGAGGCAGGCCAAAUCACCCGAUGCACAUGUUGCUGCAGCAAAGACGACUGCCAUCGCGCGUUGAGAGCUCGUCAGGAGUGGCGCGACCUUGAAGCCGAUCUUCGCCUGAGUGCAGAGAUUGGUCAGGCUUUGCUCCGACGCCAUGAUGCUAUGCAGGCAAAGCUACAGAAACAGGCUGAGGAGUACAUGCAGCAGCGCGAUGGUCUCAUGAGUCGCCUCACCAAAAGCUACAAGGAAACAUCCACUCUCGAGCGCGAACUUGCUCAGUCCAACUUGAACUUGGAGGCCGGCGAUAGCAGCAACCGCGCCCUCCUCCACGAGCUAGACGAUGCCCGUAACCAGCUCAACAAGCUCAAGGUCAGUCAGACACGGCUAAGCGGAGCAGACGAAAGGGCCAAAUCAUUGCAGCGUGAGCUCGACGAUCUCAAGCAGGAGCUUGCCGCAGAACGCAAACGCUCUCAAGCUGCCGAGGCAAGAUCCAAGAAGCUCGAACUCAAGUCGACACAGCUAAAGGAUGCUUUGCACAAAGCUCGCAAGGAUGCUGGUGAAAGCCUCGACUCUACAAUUAGCAAUCGCGCUCUCUUCGAUGACGAUGCUAUACAGUCAGCCAGAGAUCGACUUAAACGUGGUCUUCGCCAUUCACGCACCUCGCCGCUUGGACCCGACAUGCCGUCCGCCGACAACGAUGCCGAGCAGGUGCAGGCGCUAGACCAUCUUGUCCGUGAUAACGAAGCGCUGCGCAGCGACAACGACAAGCUCAGAUCUCUUGUCGAUACCUACAACGAAGAGCUCGAGACUCUCCGAAACUCGGUCUCGAAUGCGAUCACCAUCGUCGCUUCCCCGGUACCCGAUCUCGCCAACUUUGAUGACCAUGCCUCCUCAUAUAUCGCCUCACAAUCCGCCACCAAGCCCAGCUUGGAUGCGAUACCGAUGUCAUUAGCGAAUGCAACGCAAGGUAAAUCACAAAGCGAAGGAGCUCAGAAGUCGCGUGUGGAGAGAGACGCAGUCAACGCAGGCGCGCAAGACCUCACGUCCCGUCCGCCUUUACCUUCGCAAGCAUCCUCGGCCAGCUCGUUCGCCUUCCCGCCCAUGUCACCUACCAUGGAGCAAGACGGCUUCAGUGCACCUAUCGCCCGCAGUGCAUCUCUCGCCUACACGGCAGAUAGCAGCGCCGCAAGCCAGGCGCCGGAGUCGCUGUCCUUUGCACCUAGCUCCCGAUCCAGUGAGACAAGUCGCGACACCGAAAAGCAAGCUUCUGACUUCUUGCAGUUCGAUCCUUCGCGCCGUGAAAGCCGCACUGCACAGUUGGGCAAUCUUCUUGACUACGUCAACCGUCUCUUCACGCGUCUCUCCACGGCCGACGUCGACACCCUCACCAAACGCCUUCAAAGACAAAACCUUGCCGGAGACGCGGGACACCUUGCUCGUACAACGGUGCAUUCCAUUCUGCGAGAUGUGGACGGUCUUCGCGAUCACUUCCGAAAGCUUGUCGAGGCUGAAGCGCGCACCCAUACGAGAGAUGACAACUCUUCACAUUCCAAGGACUUUGCCAACGAGAGUCUUGUCGCCAGGAAAGAGUUCUUCGCACUUCUCAAGGCUUUCCGCGAUAUCCUUUGCGAGCUCGCCAAGCUCCGGCUCUGCAUCAAUGACAUUCAUCUCAAUCCGGGCCAAGCGGCCAAGCUGCUCCAUGAACACCUUGGCGCCAACACGACCGAAGAUAGGUCGCUCAUUCCGAUUCCUUCGGCAGUCAACUGGCUUGGCAAGAUGCUGCUUGGCGGACCCAGUGCCGGCCCAUCUACACCAUCUCACCCAUCGGCAAGCCCAGGGGCGACACUAGCAGUGCCAGAUGCAUCAGGCACAAAUGGCAGCAAGGGAGGCCGUAUUCUCACGGGCAGAACCAUCUCUGGCAGCCACGCUGGACAUCUGGCUCCUCGGGCUUCGCCAGCCGUCGUUUCAUCGACCCUCGCCGUAGAAGUCAAAGGUACGCACGCGUCCGCUACCGAGACUCCGCAGUCUCGUUUUUCGCCGUCGCCCCAAACUCUUGCCGGCGGCGGGCUCAGAGCCGGCCCACGUCCACAGCGUGGUCGCUCCACCACCUCGCUCACCCGAGUGCAGUCUCGAAACCUCUCCGGACUCUUCGCUGGCAGCAUGGCACCGUCCUAUACGGGCUUUGAUCCUGCUCGAGGGCGGCUUUCGGAUCAGAGCGGUGGGCUAGCACAAACGAGUACUCUCAGACCCAGGGGAGAUGGUUCGAGAAUGAACAAACCAUGGCAGCGGCCUUUGUCGAGGAUCGUCGAUGAUGAUGAAAUUAGUAUCCAUCGAGGGCGAGCGAUUCGUCAACAAGUCUUUGACGACAGCGACGAAGAUGGCUCCGAUGAUGAGAUGAACGGAAGCGGCAAUCUGCUCGAGCGUACGCUGCGGCCAAGAGGACUCAGCGACAGUUCGGUUCGAAGCACCUUCAUAGAUCGUAUGGAUGGCGUUGGCGCAGGACCAGUUUCGCCAGCUGCGAAUAGGAUCCGACCCUCGCCGAUUUCGCGUAUCAUCACGCCUGCCACCCUCUCUUUGCAUUCGGCACCCAGCGCAGCGGCGACUGUACCGACUUCAGACCAUGAACAAGACAAACGCAGCGCUGACGGUAAUGCCUCGCCGUCUGUUGCUUCAGAGAAGUCCGGAAGUCUCACGCCUGGCGCAAGCGGCAUUGCAGGCGGUGUGGCUAGCUCCAUCUUUAGCCGCUCCGAGAAGGUCCUGUCCUUCUUGAGUGGUGGUGUAGUCGGCUCGGGUGCGCCGAUACAACCGAGCUCCGCCUCUACCAGCCCCGGAGGACCUACUUUACGACAGACACCGUCCAUUGCUGCCCUCAACAAAGCAGCAGCUCGCGGCACAGCAUCCCAGGAUCUGUCUGUAUCACCAAGGAAUGUCCCUACCAUCCAGGCAUCCUCAAGCGACUCGCGCUCGCAAGCUGGUCUUGGCCUUGGCUUGCCGCAACGUCCAGCGCUCGGUGGCGCUGGCAGCCGUCGCGCAGGUUUCUGA